AUGGCUGAUGAUUUUAUCUAUUGUCGAAAUCAAUCAGAUUUUAUUGAUUCGAUUCUUGAUACAGUUAAACAACAUGAUAGUUAUUUACUUGAUGAAUUACUCAAUGUAACACGUAUGUAUAAAAUUGAUGAUUUGGAUUUUAAUGAUAAUAAUGAACCAAAUCUUGAUCAACAAUUAUCAAAUGAUAAUGAUUUACUUUGGAAACAAUUAAGUCGACAUCAUUGGGCUGUUUGUCGUUAUUUACACUUUAAUGAUAUUGAUAAAGCUUUUCGUCAUCAAUCAAAAAAAUUCUCAUGUCUUAUGGCGAUAUUAAAUGGAUAUUCAAGUCGAAUGCCUACAACAUUACCUGAUGAAGAUCAUGAAAUAGAUCAAAUAAAUCCAACAAUAAAUGAUGAUGAACCAGCAUGGUUAUUACCAGUAUUUAAUCGUCAUGCACAUGAAUUACGUUUACUUGCAUUACUUGGUACUGAUGAUUUAAAUAAUGAUGAUAAUGAAACAUCGGAUACUAUGAAUUCAAAUAGUACAAUACAAACAUGUAAUACUCAAUUAUCACAAAAAGCUAUGAAAGUUUUACAAAGCUUUUCACCAACAAGUAAAAUAAGAAAAGUUGGUGUUUUUAUUAUUGUUAAUCAAAUGUUAAAAACAUAUUAUGCUUUACAUAAAUUUAAUUUAUGUACUUAUUUUAUUUCAAAAGCUGAACGUCCAUUAAAACAAUAUAUGCAAGAAGAAAAUGAUCAACAAGAACAUCGAUUUUCUUCUUACGUUCUUACAUAUCGUUAUUUUCUUGGUAAACAUCUUUUACUCAAACAUGAUUAUAAUUCAGCUAUUGGUCAUUUUGAUUAUGUAUUUACUAAUUGUCUUGAUUCAAACAAAAGUCAAAGUAUUAAAAAUAAACAACAAUCAUUAUUAUAUUUAGUUGUACUUAAAUUACUUCAUGGUUCAACACCAAAAAUGGAUAUACUUGAAAAAUAUCAAUUAAAUCAAUUAAUUGAUUUAAUUGAACCAAUUCGUUUAGGUUCAUUAAAAUUAUUUACUGAAAAAAUUCAUGAAUAUGAACAAUUUCUAUUCGAUACGGGAUUAUUUUUUUUAAUUGAAAAUUUAAAAUUAAUAACAAUAAGAAAUUUAUUUCGUACAUAUGUUUAUCAAAUUGAUCAACAACAAACAACUAGAAUUCCAUUAGAACCAACAUUAUUAGUAUUAUUAAAUUUUGGUUUUGAACAAGAAAAUUUCUUUACAAUUAAUGAACUUAUUGAUAUAUUAAAUAAUAUGAUACAAAAAGGAAUGAUUAGAGGAUAUAUAUCAUAUAAAUUUCGAACAUUAGUUGUUAGUAGAAAAGAUCCAUUUCCAAAACAAUUUCGUUUUACUUCUUUGUUAAAUAGAUCACAAUUACACCAUGAUGGCGAUCAUGCAACUGUUCCAAACUUUUUUCCUAAACGAGAACGAACACUUUCACAAUGUGAACGUGUAUUGCAAAGUCCAUCGUAUCAAGGAAAAAUUCAUGAAUUUUGUCGAGAAAAAGGUUAUGGUUAUGUACAACCCAAAGAUAACCAAAGUGAAUUGAUUUUUGUUCAUGUUUCUGAUAUUGAUGAUGAUUAUGUUCCUACAAAAGGUGAUAUAGUAACAUUUAAAAAAAUGUUAAUGCCACCAAAGAAUGAAAAAACGAUGGCGGUACAUAUAAAACUUCUUCGUUUAGCUGAUGGUGUUAAACAUGAAUCAUGGGAAGAAGCUGUUGAACAUGAUUUAGAACAUCGACGAGUAUCAAGAUCGAAUUCACAUACACUUCCACAGGAAUCAACAAAUGAUAGUGAACAUAUUGUUACUCAUAUUGAUUAA